AUGGAGCCUCCUAGUGCCGUUGUCAUCCUCUUCCAUCGUUGUUGCUUCACUUUCAUCUUUUCUUCUCCCUCAGUUCGUCGAAGCGCCACCAUCACAGUCGCAUCUUCUCUCCGCCGCCGCUGUUCUCCGUGUUCGUUGACGACAAGCUGCCGCCGUUGCCUAUGUGUUGUGCGUGUUUCCUCUAGCCGAAGAAACAAGAAAAGGCCACCACCACCACCACCGGCCACCAUAAGGGUGGCUGUGUUUUGGGAAGCUAUCAUCCAACAGUCAGGGUUUCGUCUGCGGGAAUUCAGCAAUGUGAGCACCCUCGUGUUGCCAAGAACACCUAACAAGCAGAAACGAGAUAGACCCAAUGGUAACAACGAAAAUGAAACUAGCAACAAUAAGAACACGAACAUUGGAACACCUAACAAGCAGGAAAAAGGUAGACCUAAUAGUAACAACGAAAAUGAAACUAGCAACGAUAAGAACGCAAACAAUAGAACACCUAACAAGCAGAAACAAGAUAGACCCAAUGGUAACAAUGAAAGCGAAACUAGCAAUGAUAAGAACACGAACCCUAGAACACCUAACAAACAGAAACAAGAUAGACCCAAGGGUAAUAACAAAAACGAAACUAGCAACGAUAAGAACGCAAACACUAGAACACCAAACAAGCAGAAACAAGAUAGACCCAAUGGUAACAACGAAAACGAAACUAGCAACGAUAAUAACGCGAACACUAGAACACCUAACAAGCAUAAACAAGAUGGACCCAAUGGUAACAACAAAAACAAAACUAGUAACGAUAAGAACAUGAACAUAAAACACCAUGUCAUUCCUAACAACCAAUACUCCUCAAAUCGAUGUGACAACAAGGAGUCUAAUGUCAUCAGUUGA